ACGUGCUGCUGGCUGCUCUGUUAACUGUGGUUGAUAGCUGACACAUUCGGCGUGCACAUCUUUUUGUUUCUUAAUAUUUUCCAAGUUUUCUGAAAUUCUGUGACAAAUUAAACGUUAACUAUACGCUUAUAAAUCAUGGCUCUGCGUGUACAAUUCGAGAACAAUGACGAUAUAGGAGUGUUCAGUAAGCUCACCAAUUCGUAUUGUUUAGUUGCUAUCGGUGGAUCGGAAGCUUUCUACAGCACAUUUGAAUCCGAGCUUGCAGAGACCAUUCCAGUGGUGCACGCCAGUAUUGCCGGAUGCAGAAUUAUUGGUCGGUUGACUGUGGCCAACAAGAAUGGUCUCAUCGUUCCCGGUAGCACAACAGAUGUCGAGUUGCAGCAUUUACGAAAUUCUCUCCCGGAUACCGUGAAAAUUCAACGUGUCGAAGAGCGACUGUCGGCGCUGGGCAAUGUGAUAGCCUGCAACGAUUACGUUGCCCUAGUGCAUCCAGAUAUUGACCGGGAAACGGAGGAAAUAAUAGGAGACGUACUUGGGGUAGAAGUUUACCGGCAGACAAUAGCAAAUAACGUCCUGGUAGGGGCAUAUUCAGUUCUCAGCAAUCAGGGCGGCCUUAUUCAUCCCAAGACGCCUACAACAGAGUUGGAUGAAUUAGCGUCGCUUUUACAGAUUCCACUGGUGGCUGGAACUGUUAAUCGUGGCUCAGAGGUGCUGGCAGCGGGUGUAGUCGUAAACGAUUGGUGUGCAUUCUGUGGGAUGAGUACAACGUCGACCGAAUUGUCGGUCGUAGAAAGUGUUUUCAAGCUAAACGAAGCACAACCUACCGGAGUAACGAACAGUUUGCGGGCGUCAUUGAUUGAAGCAAUGGCGUAAAUUAAUCAAUCCGGUGUUAUGACGAGGUGGGUUCAACUAAUGAACAGUUAUUGGUAAGUAUGGAAAAAACAGUGCGAUUGGCAUAUAUUUGUAGAAAUUACCAAGUCUUCUUGACCAGUUUACAAAAUAUAUGAACACCCAGAUUACUGUAAAUCGUA